CCCCGACCAUACCCCAACCCCAUUCCAUCAUCUAGCCGGUCAAUUCGCCGCGCCCACGUCAUCACCACUCGCCCGCCGACAUUAUCGCCCUCGCCACUGUUACCCCUACCACCCCGACGACGACUACUUCUACCACCACCACCACCACCACCGCCACUACUGCAACCAUGGCUCGCUCCUCCAGCAUCUCCAGCAUGUCCUCGGCCGCCUCCGACUCGGAGGAGACGAUGCAGAUCUUUGUCAAGACCGUGUCCGGAAACAACACAAUCCCCCUCACCAUUCCCUCAAAUACCUCGAUAAGCACCCUUCGCUCGCUCCUCGCCCUGCGCACCAACAUGCACUCGCCCUCGGAUCUGCGCAUCGUCCACGCCGGCAAGCACCUUUCGUCGUCGGAAACAACCCUCUCCGACUACGCCAUCGGCCCAAACGCAACCCUGCACCUGGCCCUGCCUCUGCGCGGCGGCAUGCCUCCCAAGAAGAUCCGCUGCUCCUUCAAGGACUGCAAGGACCGUGCCCAGCCCAUUGUCGGCGACUGCGGCUUCUGCAGCGGCCACCACUGCAGCAAGCACCGCAUGCUUGAGGACCACAAGUGCGAGGGCCUCGAGGACUGCAAGAAGGAAAGCCAUUCCCGCAACGCAGACAAGCUCAACAGCGAGCGCACCGUUGCCAUCAAGGGCAUCUAAGCCCAUCCGUCCGUCGUCCGUCCGAUCCGUCCGUCCGUCUAUGAAGAAAGGGAAAAGAAGGAGGAAACUAUACCCCCGUCCAACAUGUUGUUGUUGUUCUUUUUUUCCUUUUUUGAGCGAUUUGAUGCCUGCCAUCGUCAUCAUCUGCAGCUCUGCUUUUUUUUUGCUUGUUGCUCUUUUUGCCUCUUGACAUUGUUUUUGAUGCACUGUUAUGCGAAGCGCGCGCGUAUGCCCUGUUUUGAUUCUCUCUCGUUGUGUCCCUCUUCCCUUCUACGCUCUCAGGAUGCGUAUAAUUCCACCAUUGCAUUCCCUGCUGGAGCAAAGGGGCGUUUUGUUUCAUGUCAUGCAAGUCGGUCAUCUCAUCUCGUUUCUGUCAAG